AAUUUCCAGGUCAGAUUCAGAUAACGAUAUUAUUAUUGGAGAGGAUUUACAACAACAUAAUAAUCAACAAUUAUUAGAUUCACAAAAUCCUCUAAUGGCUCGACGUGAGAGCAAUGCAUCUUCAGGCUCCUCUUCUAUUCAUUCUUCUAUUGGGAACGAAAAUAAUUCAGCAAUUGCUAUGGGUGAAAGUGGAGGUGGAGGGGAGUUGUUACUUCCACCAAAUGAUAAAGAAGGUUGGUGUCGAAAUAAAAAAUACAUUCAAAUUGUAAAAAUGGGUUAUCGCUGUCUUCUAUGCAACAAAGUUUAUGGUCGUUACAAUUCUGUCAGUUACCAUGUUACAAUUUAUCAUCGAAAUCCCCCUAUACGAUGUGAGGAGCAAGGAUGUCAGUUUACAACCCGUGAAGCUCGUUAUAUACACUUUCACAAAUAUUAUCGCCAUCAAAUUGCACUACCGGAAUCUAUCGAUCUGGCUUCACGUAAAUGUCCUCUACUUGGUUGCAAACAUGUUUCGAAAAGUCCAGCAAUGUUAGAAAAACAUAUGCAACGACACGUUGCAGAUUGUCUUAAAGAAGGGGGAUCAUCUUCUAUUUAUAUUUGUAGAAUGCCCGUAAUUAAUGGAAGUAUUACAACAAAAGAAGAUGAAAAUAUGGAUAGUAUGGAAAAUAAUGAUCCAGAAAUUAAUAAAACUUUAAAUAUGGUUAAGUCAAUGAAGGAAAGAAGAAAUACAUAUUCUGGUGGUUGUUCUGGUUCUUCUGUUGGAGGGCAAUGCUUGUUUAAAGCAAAUUCGAGAGAGCUUAUGUACGCCCACUUGUUAACCUGCCACUCUGCUUCAAGCGCCAGUACCACAACACUUUCUGCCGAUGCAGAAAAGCGAGGUGUCGAAGAAGAUGAAGAUGAUGAAACACGUUCGUUAGCUGGAGGAAAAAUGUCCGCAUCAGCCCCGAGUACCCCACCAACCUCUUCUUCACAACUUUUAUCUCCUCUUCUUUCUCGUUUUCCAUGCAAUGAAUGCAACUUUAGAGGACGUACACUAACUUCAUUAACAAAUCAUAAAUUACAAAAACAUUCAAACAACAAUAAACAACAAAUUAAUGGAACAACAACUUCAAAACCACCCCAUUUACCACCAACUAAAUGUUCUUCUUUUGUGUUGCCAUUUAAUCCUUCGCUUUUUAAUUGUGGAACUGGAGGUGGAAUUUUUGGGGGAAGUGGUGGUGGUGGAGGGUUUUCAGUUCCUGGUUCUCCUCUCUCUCCACAGGUAAAAAUUUCUGAAAGAAAAUUUUAAAAAUUCAUAGUCAUGUUAGGGGAUAAAAUGUCAAUGUAUAAAAUGGUAAAACUAAAAUAUGGUCAAUUCUCAGGGUCAGAACUUUAAAAUAAUAAUUCUUAAUAAUAGAGGUUGGAAAAAUUGUGUUUGCGGGAUCCAGCAUGCGGGAGUAACUUUUAAAAACUCGCGGGAAUAAUCC